GGGAGAUGAGCCUGCCGCUGCCGGCGAAGAAGAAGACCAGGACGAGGGUGGGGUGACUGCAUGUGUGUGCGGCUUUGAACACGACGAUGAGCAUAUGAUCGCGUGUGAUCGAUGUAACAAUUGGCAGCACACCGUGUGCAUGGGGCUUAAACCUAGCACGGUGCCCUCCAUCCAUUACUGUGUGAACUGUGAACCAAGACCCGUGGAUGUGGGCAGGGCCAAGGCGAUACAAAGCAAGAAGGCCGAGGAACUCAAGCUGGUCGAAGAGAGCAAGAAGCGUAAGCGCGAGAAGAAAAUCCAGGAGAGGAUUCAGAAAGACCAGCGGAGGGAAGCGAAACGGUUGCAGAAAGAGCGGGAAAAGGCCGAGGCUGGGGACAAUGGCAGCGACUUUGAAGACGGCAAUAUAGACUCAGACGACUUACAAGGGGGGGUGGCUGGCAAUGAUGCCAUGUCUGAGCGCACGCGCCUGUUGUACGAGAGUGAGUACACCCAAACACGCGGCUGUGUAUUGAUGCCCAAGGAGCUCGAGGACGAUCUGAGCGAUUGGACUGCGGACGGUCGGCUGAAGGGGCCGCAGGGCCACGGCGGAGACUAUAUGAGUGCGGGUGAGAGCGAUGACAUCUCGCAGAGUGACAGUACAAGUAGCGAGGGCAAUGGUAGAAGGAUAGAGGGUGACCGUGGGCCCAGGAAUAGGGUGGCUAGCAAUGUCAUGAGUCAGGGGGGUGGCGUGGUCAAGCGACUAAGCGCGUGUGUGCGAAGGUAUGUGAGGAAGACAGGUAGGUACACGGACGACCGGGCUAAAGACCGUGGAAAGCGUGACGGUGAUAUAAGUUCUCAGAAGGGUGGCACAGCACGCACACCUGACGAAAGCCAGGGGCAGGCGGGUAGUGGUAGUGGUGGGAGCAUGGCACUCGCAGCGUCUGUGCACAACCAGCCGGUGAUGCAUGUGCACACCAUCCCAAAGACAGCCAAUGUGUGUGAGCGUCCUGUGGAGAAGUCCUUCCAACGGGGCCUGUUCCUGAGCACGCAGUGCAGCCGUGUGUGGAGUGCAGGGGAGGACAUCCACGAGUACAGCGGCCAGCUGUGUGCCAGCAGCGCGUUUGUGCGCGAGUGGGAGAAGGAGGAGGCCUUCGACAUCACCAAGCGCAUGUGUCCGCACGUUGUCUUCCUCAAGGGAGGGGUGUGUGUCAAUGCACGCUACUAUGCGAAUCUCACGCGUUGUGUGCGGCGCUCGUGUCGAGCGAAUGCGGAGGUGGUGGUGUGUCGCGUGGAGGAUGAUGCGCACAAGGCCGUUGUUGGGGAUCUCAUACGGCCUGAGAGUGUUACAGAACGGCACAGAAUCAGCAUUACGCUCAAGGACACUCGCGCCUCUGGCGAACUUACAGUGGUCCAUGUGGGCGCUCGCAGUGGUGCACAGUCACUCGGUGUCUCUGCUGAUAGGGCCAAGCAAGGGACAAAGGAGCGCGACGGGCACGUGGUGGGGGAUACGAGAAAGUAUGGGGGUGGUGUGAGUAACAAGGUGGAGGCACAGACUGCAGACAGGGAUAGUGGGGGCAACGGCACGGACGGUACGCAUACAGGGUCGGAGAGUGGUAGAGAUACUGGGCUUGGCAAUGAGCACGGGAGUACAGUAGCCAACAAUGGUUCGGGUGUGCUUGCGGUAAGCGAUAAGGAUGGUGCGGGGCCUGAACCUGAGGCAGGGAUAGAGGGCCGGGAUCGAUGGAACGCACCACGCGUGGAAGUAAUUCCUAGUACGCGUACAAAUACAGACACAGAUAUGAGCACAUGCACUGACGCAGACAACCCUGUGAAUGCGACCAUGAACACGCUUACGAAUGCACAUGCAGUGCUGAGAACAAAUGCGGAUAGGACAGCCAAUAGUCCUGUUAACGUGGCAUGCAAAGAAGAAGGAACAAUGGAACCUGGGCUGGUGCAGAGCGGUUUGCGUGUAAUUGUGCGAGCGGUUGCGACGAUAAAGCCAGGUGACGAGAUCACCAUUCCAUUUGACUACAACUACGAUGUCCCCGCGUAUGUGUGCACGUGCGCGUGUGGGGCAGAGGAUUGUGUGGUUCUCGACAGCCACAGGCUCAAGGACCUGAGACGGCGCGUGAGUCUCAAUACAUCCAGUCACGCACACAGAAUCAACAGUAACAAUAGCUACAACAACCCACACAGUGGGGAUGGGCUCACGCCCCAGCACUCGGACUCAGGAGUCAACAGCACGUACACAUCCAUGCCAUACGCGUACAUCAACUCCCCCAGCGCACAUAUUCAGGCACACGUACGUAUGCACAGAGCCAGCGAUCCAUACGCACACGCACGACACCGUGACAGCAUGUACAGCCACGAUGCUGCGCUAAUGCGACACGACAGCGCGCACACACACGCACACGCACAUGAGCACAGUCGAAACGACGACGAUAUGCACGCAUCUUCGGGUACACCCCGAGGCUCGGUGGCCGAUAUACUCGGCCCGCCUAGAGGACGGAGGCUGAAUAUGGAGGAGAAGAAGCUGCUAGCCAUCCUGCAGACGAUCAAGCGCAUGGAGAGGCAACAGCAGCUACAGAAGAUCAACAGAGACAAAAGAGAGAAGGAAGUGCGGCACUUGACUACCAGCGCUCCUGGGUCUGUGGUGACCACUCCGAAGGUCCAGUCGCCAAGUGCGUCCAGGGCGGACCUGUCCUCUGCGCCAGCACCGAGUGUUGUCGUGCCCAAAAUCACCCGAAUCACUGUGGGCAAGAAAGGCUGGAUGCGUGAAAUCCGGAAGAGCUCUGGCAAUACGAGCUCUUCUCCAGUGAAGAAUAGGUCAUCUACCAAUGCUGAAAAUGUAAGCAUUAGCACGGCUCCAAUGGACACCGAUGAAGUCUCAGACACGCAUCGAAAGUCAUCCGCAACCACGGCGGCAACCACAAGUACACUAGCCAAUACAAACACAAGCAUGAAUGCAGGCACACACCCGAGGGCAACUGCCGAUACAACAACCACAAAGCCCGGUUCAACAAAGGGCGCUCAAAUAGGUGCAGCUGCGGAGACAACUAUCUCUGCAAAUAAGCGCGUGGGUAGAAAGGGGUCGCCGGGGCUUGUGGUGAGUUUCCGUGAGACGCUCCACAGAGGCCCUGCCAACCGAGAAGUGAGCAACAAAGAGAGUGCGAAGGACAUACUUUUGUCGGAUACAAACAAGAUAGAUACCGGUAAAGAACGGGAGAUUGUGGGUAGUAGCACAUGGCUGAGCGUGUCUAGCAUAGCUGUUGACGAGGGUUUAAGCCAGGAGAAGUUGGUUGCUGGAACCACUGCACCGCACGACUCAACGAUAUGUAAUGAUGAACAAGAAGCGGGUGACAGUCGUCCGGGCAGUGGGCAGAAUAGCACAGACAAAGAAAGGGGGCAAAUUGAGCCUGUGAAAGUACAGACGAGCGUAACUGCGGACGACAAGACUCGUGCAGGUAACGAGGAAGACGGUAGUAGCAGGCCAAGCUCGAGACGCGAGGAAAGACAUGUAGUAACAGUGGAGAGUGGUGGAAAUGACGAGAAGAUGCUGGCAGUGGGUCAUGGUGGGCAAAUAGGCAAGAGCGAGGCAUACAACAGCGCCAAAGACCCCAGUAAGGAAUUACAUAUACCCGUGGUUGCUGUGUUGGCGGAUACUGUGAAGGACUCGCCCAAGAUGAAACGUAGGCGAGACGACCGUGAGAACUCCCAUUCACACUCACGAUCGCCCACGACACGUACGGCAGAGACCGGUGUCAGCACAAAUCAUAGUACAAUUACAAGUCAUAGUACUAGUUCAAUGCACAAGAAACUCAAGUCAAGCUCAGGUAGUAGGGAAUCAAAUUCGGCACAUAGGGAUACUGGGAGCUCGGGUAAAUUAGAUGGUGACCAAAAGAAAACAUUGGACGAGGGAAGAAGUUCGGAACCAAGCAAGGAAAACGGCCGCGGCCGCAGCAGCAGCAAAAGCCCCGCAAGGGAGGGCUCUGGGAGUAGGGAUAAACAGGGAGCUAUAAAUAGAAACUCGGGUAGUGAAGAAGCAAGACCCGGUACUGGUCCGAGUUGUACGAAUAAGACUAGCAACGCAAAUAAGACCUCUACGUAUGUAAUUACUACUGACAUGGGAGGUCAGACAAAUAUCUCCACACACUCCUUAGCAACGCCUGUGAGCGACAAUAGGACGCCAGAUCAGAUCAGUCUCACUCUGGCCCAAGGAACGUCGGUUGGCAUCGGAGACUUGGAGAGACAGUCAAAGAUACCCGAUAGACUCACAGAAAGCCGCCGAGACAUGCACGCACUCGGAAGUUCGGUAUCACCUGAAGGUACCAAACGCAAGGCAGCACCAGCUGACCUGGACCAGACUGCGUCAGAUACCAACAAAAGAUCCCGCAGUCGGUAUGGUACCGAGCGCCAAAGUAGCACAGAGAUGAGUGCGGAUGCGAAUGCAGGUGAUGCUGCAACUACAAGCGAUGGGUCCAAAAACAAAUCAGCCAAUUCCUCUAAUUUUGAGAAUACAGGUUUUCAGAGCGAUCGUCGGAAGGGCAAGAAUGUCCAGCUAUCAGAAAGCCCUGAAAAGUCCGCAAAGCAAACGAGUGUUGAUGAGAAGACUGAUAUUGGGAGAGACAAAGACGAGACAUUGCGGAAAAUAUUGUGUGAGAGUGGUGAUGCGAGUACGAAGGGUGCACCGGGCUCAGGAGCUGACAGCACGAGCACAGACGCUGUGCAGAUGGAGUCAGUGCACAAGGAUUUAGGCUCAGACACGGCGUUGGGGAGAGCGACUACUCAGACAGCAGAGAAUAACAACGCGAGUAUACAGGUAGGUACCAAAUCUAGUGAGCGUACGGUCCAGGCUCAAGGUGAGGUAGCUGUGGCAAACGGUCAAACGUCUGAAAGUCGUGCCGGCGAUAGUAAGAGAGUCAGUGCGGCGGAGAAUCCAGGCAGGGCGGAUACUGAUAGAAGUAGUGCAGCGGAGUCUAAACCAGCCACAACUGGUGACCUGAGUGACAUGGUUGGUCAAGUGCUAGAACCGGCGACCACAGAUGGGAAAACGAUCCAGAACACUAAUACUACCGAUACGAGUACUAAAAUUAGCACGAGUAAGAGUACGGUGGCCGAUAAAAAAAUCACUCCGAAUUCGGUGACGAAUGUGGCGCCAGAUGCGAAGACAGAGUCAGAGUCAGAGACAGAGAUGCAUGCACACGCGAAUGCGUCUGAGAUUUGUGGUACUAGUGCACUUGCGGGUAGAAGUGCUGAUGCUGCAGUAAAUAAACACACCUACACCAAACCAAGUGAUGGUGGAGAUGAGGUGCCUCGGAAACCAACGGUCAUAUCCAGCAACACCGAUCGUAGCGGUGGCGGUACUGGUGCGGGCGUGAGACUUGGAAACAGCAGCGGCCUAGAGAUCAAGCGGAGUUUGGAGUGCUCGUCGGGGAAAGGCGUCGGUAAGCCCCGCAGAAGUAUUAGUGCACCUAGCAGAGGGAGUGCUAGACAGAACAGCAUGUAUCGCAGUGGCAGUGUGAGCAGGGAGUCUGCGUCGGCGUACUCGCCGAAAGCGGCCCGGACAGAUAGCGUGAGCAAAGCCCAUCCCGUGAUUAAGUCAAAGAUGAUCUCAACCACCACGAUUGGCCUGGGAUCUAGUAGUCAGCAGACGAAACCCAGUGACCGGAUGAGCGCAGUCGUGGGCACUGAAAAGAGGAGCAGCAAGCUAGACACCGAACAAUCAGACACCAUCGGUGGGGCACGAGCUGGCGGUGAUAAACCCCGUUUAAGCGAGAGAUCCUCCUCGGGUGCCUACAGUGCGAGUGCGAAGAACAAGGUAUUACGGACCAGCUCGGGUAUGGUGUACAAGUCCUUCACCGACCGCGAGAGAGAACGCAGCAAGCUUGCAAGGUCGGAUAGCCUUCCCAAAGCAAGAUCAGGAUCCGCAUCCGUGCCAUCGAGAAGUAGCGUUGCAAGUAGGCUCAGUUCCAGAACUAACUCGCAGUCCCGCAGAAUGUUGGUAGGUAAGACUUUGGACGCCCCCGGGAGUGAUCUGAGAGCGAUAUUGCUGGCACGGAAGCACACUCAGGAGUACUCUAAGCCGAAGCUUACACAUUCGUUGUCGAGCACAAGCACUGGGACACCCGAGCGAUCAAAGAUGAGUAGCCGAUACAUCGGUAGGGAUAGUACUGGCAGAGAUAGCAGCGGUAGAGAUAGCGGGGGUGCGUCCACUAAUGGCUCAGGUAGGGCAAAUACUUCGAGGAGCAUACGGCGGUUAAGCCCAAGCACAAACGCAUCCACAUACACAGGCACGGCCUCUACUGUAGGCCCACACAUUGCCUCCAAGGCUGACCCAACCCCUGGCACUGCAGAAGGCACAUAUGCAAGCACGCCGGUGCAACCGGGCGCUUACGGUGCAACUACCAGUCAAGCAACAACAAAAAGUUCGGUACUACCAGGUAAAGGUGCAAUGACCGAUAGUAGCAGCCGCAUCAUGCGCAACAGUAGUCUGGACAGGGCUACGAGUCUGCGGGGGCAGGGCAAAUCGAGCAGAAGGUCUCGCGCCAAUAGUGCUAUGGGCCAACCUGGGGGUAGCGUUGCUAUGGCAACCACCGUCUCCACCGAUCUCGACUCUAAUCUUGCUGAUGUCAAUUCCAGUUCAAAGACCACCUCUAACACAUCCCAGAUAGUGCAAGCAAGCACCCAUACUGUGCCAAGCCCCACCUUGUUGACCAAGGUGGCAAACACAUCUACACGUGUCACUGAGGAAAAGGUUCCCGCUUCUGAUGCGAGCUCUGAGGCUCUAGCUCGCGAUUUACCUACUGUUGUCGAAUCUAAAAACACGCCUGCGCCCUCGGCCCCACCAGCAAGUCAUCCGCAAGUGAAGAAGAAGCUGACGCUUUCUGAGCUCAGCGCGCGGAAUAGGGUGUUAAGGGAAAGUCAGGCUGGCAAGGAUAAGCAAUAAAUUGACGGCGAAGUUUAGUAACGCAAAGCCCGGGCGGCUCAAGCAAGAAGCUCACACAGCCCACUGUGGUGGUCAGCAUAGUCCACAUGGGAAUCAAACGUAACUACGAUGCGGACAGGGACCGUGUCUCAUAAUAGGAUAUAAACUAUCAACACUAAAGAAAUGGAAGUCUCGUUGCUUUCCAUAUACGAC